CGAGGGGCGGGGCGCGCGAGAGGGGCGGGGCGCGCUGCCCCAGCGCCGCCACCUGCGAGGACGUGGGAGCGGUCGGAGCCGCGCGCGGAGGUUCUCUAACAAACGAAGGUAACUCAACUGCUGUUCUGUCACGAUGGGGUCAAUUGUGUGGGAAUGUGGUUAAACAUGGUAAUUCCUUAACCUCAUUGUGCUGUGUAACAACAAGAAAAGAAAAGUCGAAGUUUCUCACGCGUCUGUCUCAAAUACAUCAUCUUCUGGCCCGAGCCAACCAUGUUGUACACAAAGAGUAUUACACUUUUGGACAACCUCAAACAAGGACUGCAAAUAUCACCACUGAAGUGAAAUCCAAAGGUACACGAGCAGUUGAAAGAGUUUUCGGACUGGGCUCAGUAACUGGCCCUGCUCCCAGUGUGGAAGGAUGGCUUUUAGCUGGAUGUUCUGUUACCUUUGGCUUUUGGAUAUGUUGGUGGGGCACACAAGAGGGCACAGUUUGUUUUCCUGCGAGCCCAUCAUCUUGCGGAUGUGCCAGGAUCUGCCUUACAAUACCACCUUCAUGCCUAACCUUCUGAAUCACUAUGACCAGCAAACAGCGGCAUUGGCAAUGGAGCCCUUUCAUCCAAUGGUGAAUUUAGAAUGCUCCAGAGAUUUUCGACCCUUCCUGUGCGCCCUCUACGCUCCAGUGUGCAUGGAGUAUGGCCGUGUCACUCUCCCCUGUCGCCGACUCUGUCAAAGAGCGUACAGUGAGUGCUCCAAGCUCAUGGAGAUGUUUGGGGUCUCUUGGCCCGAGGAUAUGGAAUGCACCAGAUUCCCAGAUUGCGAUGAGCCGUACCCUCGUCUCGUUGACCUCAACAUAGCUGGGGAGCCCACAGAAGAAAUCCCAGUGGCAGUACAGAGGGAUUACGGUUUUUGGUGUCCUCAGGAGUUGAAAAUAGACCCUGAUCUGGGUUACUCUUUCCUGAGGGUACGAGACUGUUCCCCUCCUUGCCCAAACAUGUACUUUCGGCGUGAAGAGCUCUCCUUUGCUCGCUACUUCAUCGGAGUGAUCUCCAUCGUCUGCCUUUCUGCUACCUUGUUUACUUUUUUAACUUUCCUCAUUGAUGUCACAAGAUUUCGCUAUCCAGAAAGACCGAUAAUAUUUUAUGCUGUCUGUUACAUGAUGGUAUCAUUAAUUUUCUUCAUCGGCUUUCUGCUUGAAGACCGAGUAGCAUGUAAUGCAUCCAGCCCUGCCCAGUACAAGGCUUCCACGGUGACCCAGGGCUCUCACAACAAAGCUUGCACCAUGCUCUUCAUGGUGCUCUACUUCUUUACCAUGGCCGGCAGCGUUUGGUGGGUCAUUCUUACCAUCACCUGGUUCUUGGCAGCUGUGCCAAAGUGGGGCAGUGAAGCCAUCGAGAAGAAAGCCUUGCUGUUCCAUGCCAGUGCCUGGGGCAUUCCAGGAACUCUGACCAUCAUCCUCUUAGCCAUGAAUAAAAUUGAAGGUGACAAUAUUAGCGGCGUAUGUUUUGUUGGCCUCUAUGAUGUGGAUGCAUUGAGAUACUUUGUCCUUGCACCUCUCUGCCUGUAUGUUGUGGUUGGAGUUUCCCUUCUGCUAGCUGGCAUUAUCUCUCUCAAUCGGGUUCGCAUUGAAAUCCCGUUAGAAAAAGAGAACCAGGACAAACUAGUGAAGUUCAUGAUCCGGAUUGGCGUGUUCAGUGUUCUGUACCUCGUGCCACUGUUCGUUGUAAUUGGCUGCUAUUUCUAUGAGCAGGCUUAUCGAGGUGUGUGGGAGACAACGUGGAUCCAGGAACGCUGCAGGGAAUAUCACAUCCCGUGCCCCUAUCAGGUCACUCAGAUGAGUCGCCCAGAUCUGAUUCUCUUUCUCAUGAAAUAUCUGAUGGCUUUGGUCGUUGGGAUACCCUCUGUCUUCUGGGUUGGAAGCAAAAAGACCUGUUUUGAGUGGGCUAGCUUUUUCCACGGCCGCAGGAAAAAAGAAGUUGUGAAUGAGAGCCGUCAAGUGCUGCAGGAGCCGGACUUUGCCCAGUCUCUCCUGAGGGAUCCCAACACCCCCAUCAUCCGCAAAUCCAGAGGCACUUCUACCCAAGGCACCUCAACACAUGCUUCCUCAACCCAGCUGGCCGUGAUGGACGACCAAAGGAGCAAGGCGGGCAGCGUCCACAGCAAAGUGAGCAGCUACCAUGGCAGCCUGCACCGAUCACGCGACGGCAGGUACACCCCCUGCAGCUACCGCGGCAUGGAAGAGAGACUACCUCACGGCAGCAUGUCGCGACUGACUGAUCACUCCAGACACAGCAGUUCCCAUCGGCUUAACGAACAGUCACGCCACAGCAGCAUCAGGGAUCUCAGCAGCAACCCAAUGACACACAUCACGCACGGGACCAGCAUGAACCGCGUCAUCGAGGAGGAUGGCACCAGCGCUUGAACCACUCGUAUCGGAAUGGAGCGGUUGUGGCUGCACGGCUUGUGGUCCCUUCUCAGUGAUGUGAUAACACUCAGUAUUAUCAUCCCUCUCAUCGGGUGCUGAUUUUGUGCAUCAGGAAGUUGAAACCAGCUUCUUCAUGUUGAAGCCAGCGUUCCCAUACUCGCAUCGGAGCUGGAGUGUUCAGCAAUCUUGAAUUAUUGAGGAAAGAGCUGCGUUGCCUCAUUUGAACCCAUCUGUAGGUAAUUAUUUAUUUGGUAACAGCUACUCAUCAGACACCAUUGCUGAAUUCCUUAUUCCUUGUUGGAAAUCCCCCCUCUCUCCGACGGCUCUGCGUGGCGUUAGAAGUUACCCUGGAAAACUCGCUGGCAGGGUCAUGCUGAGGUUUUUUCUUAUAAGGGAAUAUUGAAGGAAUUCCCCAGCGCAUCUCACUGGUUUGAUAAUGCCCUGAUCUGUGUUUCAGUCACACGCAGGGGAGGGGAUGCGUGUUGGAUGCUGUGUAUAAAGGACGGCCAUGCCACUCGGCAGGCGUUUGGAACGAUCACACUGGAAACGCUGCACAGGAAGUUCUGGAGAAGGAAAGGAAACUCCACUGAUGAUCCCCAGCUCUUACCAGAGCUGUUAAGGCUCAGUUGUUGGAGUGGGGCGGGAGGGGAGGGGAGGGAAAGGGAGAGGCAGGGAAAAGCAAUUUUUGUAUAACUUGUAUUGUCCUUGCUUUUUUACAAAGUACUAUUUAAAUUUUCUACUUGUUUACAAUGUCUGUAGGCAGAGAUUGACUUUAAAACCAGUUCUCUAGAUAAUAUUCAGCCACUUAUUUUUUAGAUUCAUGUACAAAAGCUGAGAUUGCCUCGUCCUGAUCUAUUUAAAGAAAGUAAGAAUAAUAGAAAAGCUGAAUUUGUCGCCCAAACUGGAAUGUAACAGCCUUUUCCUUCCAUGCAGAACAAAGCCUGUUUACAGACCCCAUGGCCUGGGUGAGGAAGGCUGAGGCCAAACGGGACAGGAGAAGUUUAAUCAGGGAUAGCCCACCUUCCUUACAAGGUCACAGCUGAUUUUUGGGAAGGUGCUCUUUGUGCGGAGCAAGCAGGGAGCAGGAAUUUAAGAGACAGGUAGGGAGAAAUCCUAGAAUUGUUAAGGUUGAGAAAGGCCUCCAAGACCAAGUCCAACCAAACUGAGGCAGAAGCUGCCCACAGAUGGGAAAGGAGCAGGAUGCAGCAACUGGAAACCUGCUGCACUGCUCUCUGGAGGAGGAGGAGACAGGAAUCCACCUUAAACUGUUGGCUCCUUCCUAUCCGGGGAGCUCACAUUACUGACUGACCUCCACCAACAGGUCUUUUCAUUCCCUGCUAUGGAUCCACAGUAGGGAAUUCUCAGUGUGGGCUUUCUUGUGUGUAAAUAAUCUGUUGGGGUGCAGCAAGUCUUUGUUGAUACCACAGGCAAAAGUCUUGGAUGGUGCAGUGUAUCUUCGGAAACAUCUCCUGCAAGGUUCAUUCGGCACGAGGAAACGCUGAUUGCAUUUAAACCUACCUCAGUAAUUACUGCAGAUCACUGCUGGGAAAUGAAUACUUAUGUUCCAUUGUCCUUACAUAAUUCCCUUUCCGAACUGUUGGAGGCACGUUCAGAGGCCUUUGUAGAUGCUUGGAUAGCACAACCUCAAGGGCAGGAGCAGGGCAAGAGCCCGUGGAGGCUUUCGUGAGCAGCAAGAUUGGAGCCGAGCUGCAAUUACUCAUGUUAAUUGCAGCUGAUGACACAACAGCAAAGCACAUAAGCAGGUGCUCAAAUCAAGGCUUGCCCUGGGAGUCAGUGUCUUGGAAGUAUCUUUAUCCUAAAUUGGUUUUUUUGAUUCCACAAGGCAUUUGCUCCAAAGGAAAAGCACAGACAAAACCCAACAUGGAAUAACAAAGCUUAGCAACAACUCCGCGCUCCCUUUAUUGUAAAUCCAGGGUUGCUGCACCACUCGCUCGGCACACAGCCCUAGGGAAUAUCCACAGGGAUAACUGUCAGAUUGCUAGUGUACCUCUUUCAGAGUUAUUGAGUGGCUUAAACUGGCAAAACUACAAUUCCCAGUAAGCCACAGAGGUGGAACCCUUGUUUAAGUUCUAAGUCAGCUUCUACAAAAUAACUCCGCUCCCAAGGGAGGGCAUUUUGAGGAACCUGGAUUUGCAAAGGGACUUUUUCCUAAGCACUGUAACUAAAUAAGCGCAAAGGUUUGUGUUGAUCUUCCUGGCUCCAUUUCCAGGACUCACUUUUAAAUGGCAGUGGUACUUUGAUUUGUCUGGAGUCAAGGAGAGGAACAGUGAUGGAGGUUUGAAAUACAUCCUGCUUGAGAUGCUCAUUUGUGAGGUUUAGUCCCUGGAUUUUAUCCAGAUGAGAAUAUCUAAGCUGUCCCUUGCUUGUGUAUCCUGGACAGAAGGGACAGGCUCCAGUCACCCCUGAGAGGUGAUUAAACUGUAAAUCUGGAGUUCUGGCUGGCUUUUAUGCCCCCCUGCCCCUGUAAUCCCCAGCCCUCCUUUGUAUCUCCGGCACAUGAAUCAGCAUGCUGUAUUCUAUUUCUGCAAAGUUUUCCUUCCUGAGAUUCCAGAGCCUAUUGCCACUGACUGCUUCAGGUCCCAGGUGUAAGAUUCCCUGGCUGGGACACUCGCAGGGCUUCAGCUGCCAGAUCAUCGUACCUAGGGGCUCUGGCCGGUGUCUGAGUGCCUGCAGCCCAGCCGCAGCCUCUGGCAGGGGUACCAAGGUCUGGUUUUGGGGUGCUUUCCAGUCUGGCACUGCCUGGACCCAGCGAAAGCUCUGCCCCCGGUACCUGGUUUCUGGGACUGGUGCCAAUCUUUCCGUUCCCUGAAACACUGGAAUACUCUGACUCUUUGGGCUCAGGCUGAUCUGACAUCCCUGUAGCCAAACACGCUUUCCUUGGGGUUUAACAGCAGCGCUUCAGCCCUCUCUGGCUUACGCAUGCCACAGGUCUCCUUGCAAAUCCCAACCCUCUGUCCUUGGAAGAAGGCAGAGAAGGUGUACGUAGCCCAGCUUCUCCACCUCAUCCCAGGGCAGGUUAAUGUAUCAUCAUCCUAUGCAUACAAUGAUUGAUGCCCCAAACUGCUGCCUUGCAAGAUCUCAAUAUCAAAGCUUCCUGUAAAAUCCACAGCUUUCUGUUCCCAGUAUUCCCAGGGAACUGAAUCCCCAUUUUAUUUGAGAACGCAUCGCUCCCCUGGCACCUCUCCAUCCUCAAGAGGUGAUGGUGGUGAGAGGUCACCCCUGGCCUCUCUGCUGGCUGGCGUGGUGUGCUUUGCUCCAAGACCUCUAUUCCUGGUCCAGGGAAGGCAGGAGGUGACUGUGACAGGUGAGCACUCAGCUGCAGCUGGCAAAUACGGACAUUGGUCCGAUUCCCCGAGUUUGGAAUGUCCCUUCCUCCUUAAUCCCUUCAUACCUCUCAGUGUUCAUUGAAAUGUUGCCAGUCAGCAAUGUGGUUGCGUUCCACGGAAAAGGCUGUCCCAGAACCCCAAGCAACCACCCGCCUGCUGGAUCGGUAGCAUUUAGUCUCCUUAAAGCCUAAAACAUCCAAGAGCAGCAAAAGGCUGCAUUUAGUUGGAAAUUUAUUUGUCCACUUGCAGAUGCUCUCCUUUUUCUUAGUGCUCAGGCCUGAAUUUUGCUACGGAAACUUUUGAUAGAAGAGGAAAUCCAGCUGCAGCCAAAUAGUUCCAGCAAGAAGGGGAGGAAAAACCCCUUGGGAAGGGCCUGAGAGACACAAGGAGAGCUGGGUGAGUUGGGGCCAGCUCUUAAGAGCGAUGCCCAACCUUCCAGGGGAGACGAUACUGCAGCCCAGCUCCGGGGGUGGGGGGGGUGAGGAUCCCAAAAAAUCGUUGCUGGGAAGUGGGCAGCAGCCUCGGCUGUACCAUGAGGUUCAAGGCUUCACCUUGAAGAACAGAAUAAUGAAACGAAUGUGAAAUUCCACUCCUGUCCCAAUGUACUUCAUUUAUAAUCAGAUCGGGAUUUAUUUUCACCCAAGGUGGGAUGUUUUACAUGGAUUUUGCCUGUCGGAUCUGUGCACUGCAGCACUCAGUGCAUGUAACAGCACUGACGCCUCUUCCAGCGUUUCCCCUUUCCGACCUCGUGUGCGUUCUGUACUUCGAUCCCUUUCCAAGUGCAGGAGGCAGAAGCGUUGGUGCUGGUGAGCCCUGGACACCAAGAGCACGGAUGGCUGUCGGCGUGGGGCAGGACCAGCCCCAGCUCUUGGUGGGCGCCUUUGCUGUCGUCUGCUGUCGGUUUUGUAAUGUUUGGUUUUUAGCACUUUAACUGUGAGUGUGCAAACAGAUUCGGGUGUAGUCGGUGUACAGUUUCAUCUUAGACCUUCAAGCGUUUUUAAUAAAAUGGUGGAAAAAUCCU